AUGCGGGGACGGAGAAUCCAGGGAACAGGGAAUGAGGGAACAGGAAAUGGGGGAACAGGGAAUGAGGGAACAGGAAAUGGGGGAACUGGGAAUGAGGGAACAGGAGGUGGGGGAACAGGGAAUGGGGGAACAGGAGGUGGGGGUACAGGGAAUGGGGGAACAGGAGGUGGGGGUACAGGGAAUGGGGGAACAGGAGGUGGGGGUACAGGGAAUGGGGGAACAGGAGGUGGGGGUACAGGGAAUGGGGGAACAGGAGGUGGGGGUACAGGGAAUGGGGGAACAGGAGGUGGGGGUACAGGGAAUGGGGGAACAGGAGGUGGGGGUACAGGGAAUGGGGGAACAGGAGGUGGGGGUACAGGGAAUGGGGGAACAGGAGGUGGGGGUACAGGGAAUGGGGGAACAGGAGGUGGGGGUACAGGGAAUGGGGGAACAGGAGGUGGGGGUACAGGGAAUGGGGGAACAGGAGGUGGGGGUACAGGGAAUGGGGGAACAGGAGGUGGGGGUACAGGGAAUGGGGGAACAGGAGGUGGGGGUACAGGGAAUGGGGGAACAGGAGGUGGGGGUACAGGGAAUGGGGGAACAGGAGGUGGGGGUACAGGGAAUGGGGGAACAGGAGGUGGGGGUACAGGGAAUGGGGGAACAGGAGGUGGGGGUACAGGGAAUGGGGGAACAGGAGGUGGGGGUACAGGGAAUGGGGGAACAGGAGGUGGGGGUACAGGGAAUGGGGGAACAGGAGGUGGGGGUACAGGGAAUGGGGGAACAGGAGGUGGGGGUACAGGGAAUGGGGGAACAGGAGGUGGGGGUACAGGGAAUGGGGGAACAGGAGGUGGGGGUACAGGGAAUGGGGGAACAGGAGGUGGGGGUACAGGGAAUGGGGGAACAGGAGGUGGGGGUACAGGGAAUGGGGGAACAGGAGGUGGGGGUACAGGGAAUGGGGGAACAGGAGGUGGGGGUACAGGGAAUGGGGGAACAGGAGGUGGGGGUACAGGGAAUGGGGGAACAGGAGGUGGGGGUACAGGGAAUGGGGGAACAGGAGGUGGGGGUACAGGGAAUGGGGGAACAGGAGGUGGGGGUACAGGGAAUGGGGGAACAGGAGGUGGGGGUACAGGGAAUGGGGGAACAGGAGGUGGGGGUACAGGGAAUGGGGGAACAGGAGGUGGGGGUACAGGGAAUGGGGGAACAGGAGGUGGGGGUACAGGGAAUGGGGGAACAGGAGGUGGGGGUACAGGGAAUGGGGGAACAGGAGGUGGGGGUACAGGGAAUGGGGGAACAGGAGGUGGGGGUACAGGGAAUGGGGGAACAGGAGGUGGGGGUACAGGGAAUGGGGGAACAGGAGGUGGGGGUACAGGGAAUGGGGGAACAGGAGGUGGGGGUACAGGGAAUGGGGGAACAGGAGGUGGGGGUACAGGGAAUGGGGGAACAGGAGGUGGGGGUACAGGGAAUGGGGGAACAGGAGGUGGGGGUACAGGGAAUGGGGGAACAGGAGGUGGGGGUACAGGGAAUGGGGGUAAUGAGUAUGGGGGGACGGGGAAUGGGGGGACGGGGAAUGGGGGGACUGGGGAUGGGGAAGCAGGGAAUGGGGGAGCAGGGAAUGGGGGAACAGGGAAUGGGGGAGCAAGGAAUGGGGGGACGGGGAAUGGGGGGACUGCGAAUGGGUUUUGCAGGGAAUGGGGGAGCAGGAAAUGGGGGAUCAGGGAAAGGGGGAGCAGGAAUGGGAGAACUGGGAAUGGGGGAACAGGGAAUGGGGGGACAGAGAAUGGGGGGACGGAGAAUCCGGGGAACAGGGAAUGGGGGAGCAGGGAAUAG